CUUACUCACAAGGCAGGUUGGGCCAGCUGGUUAGGAUUUCCUUGCUGGGGAGCUGGGGGGAGUGAUUCCUGGGGGGUCUAGGUCAGUGCCUCUGUGGUGAGAGAGAAGUUUCUAAAUGUCUGCCUUCCUGAAACUACUCUCCCUGCAACUCAGAAGCACCCAGCUGGUGUGUAUCCUCCAGAAUAGCAAAUCCAGUGUUUGUCUCCCAUUCUCUGAUAUAUUUAUAAAGUAAUGGAUGGUCCAUUAGCUAAGUUCAGGCCUCUGUCUCUCUACAGCCCCCUCUUCACUGGCACCCCUCAGCAGGAGGUUGUUGACACGGGCUGCAGCCUUCCAGCCUCAAUUCCCCUCCCUUCGCCACCUCCCCCACUCUUCUCCCUCUCCCGCUCCUCCCCAGGUUAUUUGGGAGAUUAGAGUUCAUUAAUUAAAUCCUGUGCUUAGAUCGAACUGUAACAUUAUUCCAAUCACAUUUAUCUUGCAGGCGGCGGCGGAGGAGAUGGCAGCCUCGCUGGAAACGCGCGGGGGAGCUUGAGCCCGCAGCCAGACGCACAGCGCUGCGCACUCCCUCUCAGCGGCACACGCAGACCCUCCAUCUUCCUGCUCAGCUUCCCCGCCUGCUCACCACAGCCUUGAGGGUCCCACUUCUCUCUGGGGUCCCGGCCCACCCCCAUACCUCCCCUCCUGCCUCUGUGGCUCCCUGACCCGGUCCCCUCCCCCCCAAACCCCGCCACACACGCUAACACGCGCGCGAGAACACACACGCCAGACACGCCAGCGAGCUGCUGGCUGCUCAAUGGACCGAUUUCCCCGCUGUUCCUGAUCCCAGCCCAGCCCAGCCCGGGAUGAGAAAUUGCAAAAUGGCCCGGGUCGCCAGUGUGCUGGGGCUGGUCAUGCUCAGUGUUGCCCUGCUGAUUUUAUCGCUCAUCAGCUACGUGUCCCUGAAAAAGGAGAACAUCUUCACCACUUCCAAGUACGCCAGCCCGGGGGCGCCCCGAAUGUACAUGCUCCACGCGGGAUUCCGGUCACAAUUUGCGCUGAAGUUUCUAAAUCCGUCAUUUGUGCCCAUUACGAAUUCUCUGGCCCACGAACUUCAAGACAAACCUUCUAAGUGGACAUUUAAUCGGACAGCGUUUUUACAUCAAAGGCAAGAAAUUCUUCAGCAUGUCGAUGUAAUAAAAAAUUUUUCUUUGACCAAGAAUAGUGUUCGGAUCGGACAACUGAUGCACUAUGAUUAUUCCAACCAUAAAUAUGUUUUCUCUAUUAGCAAUAACUUCCGAUCACUGCUUCCAGAUGUGUCACCCAUUGUGAAUAAGCAUUAUAAUGUCUGUGCUGUGGUUGGAAAUAGUGGGAUCCUGACAGGGAGCCGGUGUGGACAAGAAAUAGAUAAGUCAGAUUUUGUUUUUCGUUGCAAUUUCGCCCCUACGGAGGCAUUCCAAAGAGAUGUUGGAAGGAAAACCAACCUUACCACCUUCAAUCCCAGCAUCCUGGAAAAAUAUUACAACAAUCUUUUGACCAUUCAGGACCGUAACAACUUUUUCCUCAGUUUAAAAAAGCUUGAUGGGGCAAUUCUUUGGAUCCCUGCAUUUUUCUUCCACACUUCAGCAACUGUUACCAGGACAUUAGUUGACUUUUUUGUUGAACACAGAGGUCAGUUAAAAGUCCAAUUGGCUUGGCCUGGGAAUAUAAUGCAACAUGUCAACAGGUACUGGAAAAACAAACAUUUGUCGCCCAAACGGCUGAGCACUGGUAUUCUUAUGUACACCCUAGCAUCAGCAAUAUGUGAAGAGAUCCACUUGUAUGGAUUUUGGCCUUUUGGAUUUGACCCCAACACAAAGGAAGAUCUUCCAUACCAUUACUAUGACAAAAAAGGAACUAAAUUUACCACCAAGUGGCAGGAGUCCCACCAGCUGCCUGCUGAGUUUCAGCUGCUGUACCGAAUGCAUGGGGAAGGGCUCACCAAGCUGACUCUGUCACACUGUGCCUAAGAACUCUGAACAGAAAGUGCCAAAUGGUGGUUUAAAAAGUGCCCCGAAUAAAAUUGAAUAGUCAUCAGAAUAGAACCCUAGAGAAUUUCUUAUAAAGAGUGUCUGCCAUUUAAAAGAAAGAUGUCUCCUUUCCCUCUGUUGCACUGCUCUCUUAAGGGUCUUAGCAGGACAGAUGCAUUGAAGCCACAUGAUUAAAACUUGAUUGAUAAAUGGAAUGUUGCAUUUGGAACCAUGCUGCUAACAAAUGGCUUGACAUAUUUUCAUGUUUGUAUUUUAAUAAUAAACUGCCUCCCAUUUUUAUGAGGACUGGAGCUGGAGUUUCUGCAGCUUUGCUCAAGAUAUAGUGCUCAUAAUGAGAGGCCUCUAGUCAACUUGGGCAGGAUUUCAUUUUUUCCUGUGUGGGAUUGGACUCUUCAAAAUGGAAACAUAAAAAGUUGUUAUGCAUAUAUCAUCUCUCCAUCUCUAUCCCCCUCUUUCCUUCUCUCCCUCUAUCUCUGUCUCUCCUUUUCCCCACUGCCAUGGAGUGUAAUAAUUUGCUAGGAAUCAUAGUGAAUUCGUUUUGCUUGCAUAUGUUGCAUCUGUAUUGGAUGUGUUCAAAGCUCUGGGUAACUUUGAUGUUUCAUGACAAACUGAGCAAAUCAUGAUGGAUCUUGUUACGAUUACUUUGAUAAGAAAUGCCUCUUAUUAAGUACUCACUAUCCAGAUGGUCUUUCUACAGCAGAGUGGUCCCUCUGUGGUGAGUGACAUAUAAUGCAGUGCAUCUUUUACAAUCACAGAGAAAGCCUAUGUCUUGGGUGGCGUGGCCACUUGUCAUGAGUGCUAUUAUGUCAAAUCACUCUGUUGCCAUAUCUGCAAGGGCAUUCCAGCCUGGGUUUAGUGCCUCUCACAAUCCCAAUUCAAGCACUGGGCUGGGAAUACUCUCAGAAUAUAGAAGCAAUGAGUCAACUUAAGAGCCUGGGGCAUAGAGAAAGAAGAAUGCUUAGAAGUUGUCAUGGACUCCAUUUACCUUAAACCGUUGUAACCAUGUUGCCCAUUCAGAGCCUGUGAGAACCAGCAAGAGUCGAGCAGAGUAGAAGCCUCCAGGUUGGCUAGGUCUCCAUAUGAAUAGUGCUCAGGUGAGGUCAACUUCACCAUCAUUGUGUCCACCAGCACUGCCCUAGACCCAUUUUCUCUCUUCAAGACAAUUCUAGACACUGAAUAUUUCCCCUUACCACUGAAAUCAGAUUUAUACAUCUACAAAUUAAGUAUUUCAAAAUGAAAAGCCAUUGUGCAGUGGCAAAAUCUGGUACUAAAUAACUCUUGGAAUUUGAGAUGUGCAGACUUGCCAUGAAAUUAGUGGGCGAUUCUCUUUUUCAUUAUUUCAGCCUUAGAAGUAAAAAUCACAUCACUUCCAUCCCUGGCUUUUCACUGGGCAGCAUUUUGUUCUUCCAAUUCAGCCCAAAGUCUGGCCAAGUCAAUGUUAAAUUUUAAUAAGAAUUUCUUUCUUCUUUCCAAAUGCCAGUCAAGCAUACUGUAUUUAUAAUACAUUUUGGUGGGGUAGCUUGUUCUUUUCCAGAAAUCUCAUUUAGAUUUCUUGCAAUGUUACAAAUACUGUUGAAAAGAAUUGCUAUAGUUCAAUAAUCGAUCAGCUCACUCCUCCCACCCCUUUGGGAAAAUAUGAUCAUGCCUAAAAUUAAACCAAAUACAAUCCGGAAAAACAUAGUCCUUGUGCUCGUGGUCUACCUGGUUCUGAAUGGGAGAUAUCUUAUUCCAAAUUUUUUAAAAAGUUAAUCAGAGAAGCCUACAUAGAUCCAGAUAUUAACUAAUGAAAGAAAAACCAUACAGGUUCAAAUAUGUUGCCAAUUGUGACAUCUUACAACUCUGAUUGAUGGUAAUCAUCCAAAUAGAUGGGGAGAAAUAGGAAUAGAUAUUUCAAAAUGGAAAACACUAGAACAGAUUGAUAUUUGAAAUAAUUAUAAAUUUCUAAAUUCAGUGGUAUAAUUUGAUGCCUAGCAAAACCAUGCUUGUUCCCUGUCACUCUAAAGAGAAUGUUACUACAGUUCUCAUGCUAGGCUCUGUCAGGAUCACUGUGAGAUUGAUAACUGACAAAAUGUUUAGUUGGCUCUUAAUAAGCACUUAGUUCAUUAGGUUACAGCUAAGUGAUAUUAAUGCCAAUAUUGUACAGGCCAGAUUUUGACUCUAGAGUUUUAAUCCCAAUGUGCCCAUUAAAUUUUACUGAAUACAAAUACAUAGACACUUUGAACCAGACAGGUUAAAAAAGCAAAGAACCAGAAUCUCUAAAACCAGUUAAGUGAUCUAUGGUGGAACAUUUAAAUUAGAUCUCAUCAUAAAACCAAGUGUUUGUUGGAUUUUUUUUAAAUCUCAUUUCACUCUUGGCUCAUCUUAAUCUAGAGUGGGAGAACUUUUCCAUCUCCCAACAUCAUUUCAUCUCUCACUUUCACAAGAACUCAAAAUAUUAAAGAAAUAAAUUUGUGCCUCAGAACUAGGAAAACUUAGAGACCAGGCUUAUAUCCUGUUUCUAGACAGGACUUCCUGAUCCAAAAAGAUCACUCUUCUCUUUUCUUUAAAAAUCUCUGAAGAAAAUCCUAAGCCCUCCCACAGUGAUUAACCACCAUUCUUAUAAUUUAUAAAUUUUAUAUACUGCCUACCUUCCUCCUAUUGCAAAAAUUAGAUGCAAUAUAUAGGUAAAGCAUUUAUCCUAGUUUUCAGCAUGUAGUAAGCACUCAAUAUAUGUCAGUUUUUAUGGUUAUUUUUAUUGUUAGCUAUACCCUUGACCGAGGCAACCCUGCUAGUGGUUCUCAAACCUGUGGGUCGUGGCAUUAGAAAGGUUGAGAACCACUGCUAGCUUAUAAUAUAAAAUCUCUUUUUGUUUUUAAAGACUGUUUCAAAGAUUAAACCUGUACAACUACUGCCAUGACCAAAAGAGUUGGUGAAUCCCAUAAGUGCUGAUAUGAAAGGCAGCUGUGCUCUUAACCAGAACUCCCUGUGUGGUCAAGAGCAGUGAACUGGAAAGGCAGGCCCUGUAGCUGGAUCAGUUCGGUCCCCCCUCAUGAUUCAGCUACAGCCACAAACCUCUGGCUUUUUCAUUGCCCUUGCUUUAUUGGUUCUAGGUUAAAUACAUCCUUUUGACAGAACCUUUCUUCGUUAUGAUAUUCACAGCAGAGUCCACUCUCAACAACUGGAAUAAAUUUCACCAUAAAACCCCCAAUACGUGAUAUCAAUACAAAUGACCAAUUCAGUUGUAGAGAUAAGAAAGACCUAUGGACAUUUAGCAACCUGCUUAACGCUAGUCCUUCAAGUUUUCAUGGUGGUUCUGAAUAUCAUGUGCAGACAUGAAGUUCCAAGGGAGACAGAGUUAAAAUGUUAUAUCAAGAAUGCCUCCCACACCCAGAAAGUCUUUUUCCUAUCUGAUAAUUAAACAUCUAUGGCUCCUCUUCUUUUGCUUCUGUGUCUUAAAUGUACUUAACCUUUGUAAAAGUACUUGUGUUUAGUAGUGUCAUGUGCUUAGAAGUGCUGACUGUGACCACUGUGCCAUCUAUCUAUGACUUUGGUAUCAGGCUACCAUGGGGCUACCAGCCAAAAUGUGUAAAGGGAGAGGCUGCCUCUGCCUCCUUGUGCCUGAGCCUCCAGUUAUCCAUGAAUGUGAAUGCCAGGACUAACCUAUUUGGUGGGGAAGCCAAGGAAUGGAAGAGCGUUUCUUCUGACUUUGGGCAAGGUACUAAUUAUUAAACACUCUUACACAGCAAAGAGAUGCUGACCCAAGGCCUAAGGAAUCAGGGACAGACUUGUAGAACCCUAGGACACUGAAAUUGGAAGAGCCUUUGAGCAUCUUUAGUCCUCAUUCUUGACAUUGCAAAUAAGAAAUGGAGGAUGGGAGAAGCUAAGUGAUUUUCCCAAUAUUGCAUAGAUAAUCAGAGAAGCAAUUAUACCUCCUCAUCUAAUAUUUCUUGGCCUUAUCAGCAUCCAAUGAAGAUAGGCUCAAAGUCAAAGUGAUUUUGGUCUGGGGUUCACAAGGCACAGAAAAUAAGUUACAAAAGCUGUAAAGGAGGAAAAGAUACCCCAAAUUAUUUAUUUCUUAGAUGCAAAACAAUAAAGGAGAUUCUUAGCUAUAAAAAGUUUACUGAUAAUAACAUAUAUUAUGCCUGAAAUGAGAGGAAACCUUGGUAAAUUAUGAUUCUGAUAAAUCACAAUUCAAUUAUUCAUGGGUCACAGUUGACAGCUGGAAUCAUCAAUAAUCUAUUCAUCUUAAUAAAAUCUUGUCUUAGUGAUAUGUAUGCAUAAUUUGAAAGUUGAAUACUGAGAAUGGUUAUGUACUUCUCCAUAUGUAUAUUUUCAGCUGAGACUCCUUGAGGUAAGAAAUACCUUUGUCAAUGCCUUCCACAUUCUGAGCAAUUUCAACAGCAGACUUUGUAUUACUACAUUUAGUUCAAUAUGCUAAGAUGUGCAAAUAAUAAUGAAUAAUUUGGGUUGGGUCUUCAUGUGCAAAAUGACAGACUGAGCAAUUUUCUGUAUAGUAAAAGAUCUCUAAAUCUUUUUUCCCCUAAUUGUGUGAAUGUGCCAGAUAAACAUAUCUGUUUGGACUCUACUUCUUCCUGAAUGUGCAGAACUGUUUUUAUUUCAAAGAGAGUUGGGGCUAUGAGUUUGUGGCUGGAAAACCCCGAUGGAGUAUCUGAGCCCCCAGGGGCCACCUGAUUGACCUGUCUUGAAUCUGUGGCCCAAUUAAUCAAGGCCACAGGUCAGUGGACACCUAGGACCAAAAUGACUAAAUAUGCCUCUUUCACACUCUGCUUAACCACAGCAAAUUUUCCAACAUUGUUAUUGUAUUAUGCAGUAUUUCUUAAAAUGUUUUUUAUUGUAAUGAAUUAUUGAAGAUAUAUGUGUUUGAAUAGAUGUUUUAAUCCAUAGUGAUGCUCAUUCUCUUGUUGAUUACAGUGGAAUCACAGUAAAGAGCCUGUCAUAGAAUAACUGACUGCAAUUUAAGACCACAAUGCGUUAUAGGGUUAGGACCUGGAUUAUGCUGCUGAUCUACCAGCAAACAAAGUUGUAUGACAUGAGAAGCUCUUUAAAUGUAUGGCUCUUGCUCCACACACUUUUGACUCUAUGUCCUGGGAUAAACCUAGCUUACAAAUCCCAGGUGAUUCUGGGGUGGCCAUCAUUUGGGAAUGAACGAUAUAUAGCAAAGUCAUAUAUAUCAUUAUCACCAAAGUAUAAUAGAUGAAAGCUUACCACUCUUUAUGCAAGUAGCAGAUCUGCUCCUUGAAGUUAUCAGGAUACAUGGCAACACAGACAUAGUCUUACUGACUCAAUCAUUCAACUGGUAAAUUUGUCAGAAUGGAUGCAAGACUAAAGAUAGAGUGGAGAGCCAUAGCUUUACUAUACUUUACCCCUAUUCCAGCUCUUUAUAUUUCAAACUAAGAAAUGGAUCUCAGGUAACUUAUCUCUACAAAUAGAUAGAGAAGCAAGGAAGUUAAAUUAAUCAUUUAGAUUCUACUUGGAUAUCAUUCCCAGAGCUUAAAAUGUCCCUAAAGGGGUCUGAUUUCUGAACCUCCAUGUAAUACCCCAAAUACAAAUGUUCCCAUGUUAAAAUGAAACCAAUUUUUUUAAAAAUCAAGGAGCUAAAAUUCUUAAGACCAACUGGGUAUAUGUGAGGAGGUCAGGUGGCACUGGGAUGCCCCAUCAUAAAGAAGUUUUGGCCUUCCAUCGCUGUGCACAUGCAGAGCCUUUAAUCGUCAGAGAUAGUAAAAGGCUCCUUUAAAUUCCUUUCUGUGAGACUGACAGUUUUAAGCUCUUUGAUGUGCUGCUAAAUGUUCAACAAUUGGCUCUAGAGAAUGAUGAAGUCCUGAUUUGUAGCACUUGCCAAUUUCUAUGGUAUAAAUACUCUCACCAUAGCCAAUUUCAAGCUACUAAGUUGAUGUCAACCAGCUAAAAUGUUUUAAAGAGCCCAUCAAUUUCUGAGAGAGUGAGUACCAAAUAGGAGAGAUCAGUGAUUUUGGAAGAAUUCCCAAGUACACUUUCUUCCCAGGGAAGCAUUUCUACUUUGAUUCUACUAAUUUUUAGUAUACUGUUGGGUCCCAAAGCUAAGGACCCUAAAGUGUUCAAAAUAUUCCCUAGCCAUGUGACUCUUAUGAACCUCUUAACAUACUCCUCAGUACCUUAGGAGAUUACUAGCCAUGGCUUGUCUCAUUUCUAAGAGUGAGUUUCCAGGUAAACAUUUGUUUUUAACUGCCAAUUGAAACAAUAUUUGGCUGAUCUUAUUUCAUAGCCUAUAGUCCAUCACCUAUUUCUCUACUUCUCUAAUUUUCCCUGGGCACUUGCUUUUCUUUUCUUUACUGAAAAAUGGUGCCCAUGUAUAUUCUUUUUUUUAUUAUUUUUUAAUUUUUUUAUUAAUUAAGGUAUUACAUGUGUUUUCAUCCUUCUGACACAACACAAAAUUUAUAGACAUCAAGAGGAAAUUAGUGUGUAAAGGAGCAGAGGGAGAAUAAGACAUCCCAUAUGUUUACUUGGCCACACCAUACCUACAGCGGUUCUGUAGUUCAAAUGUUUCUACCCCAUCAAGAGAUUUUCAGGAUGCCUCGUUCCUAGGGUUUGAGUAUGCACUCAGCUGAGCUUUACCAGUAUUUGCCCUCAGAAAAGUUCCAAAUGGAAAAGAAACACCACUAAAUAGAAUACCACGGGCAAACUUUCAGAGGAAGGUGUCGUGCAAUGCCUUGCAUUUAGCUAAGCUAGUGGAAGGCUGAAUCCUGAAAAUAAAAACUGCCAACAAACAUUUGGCCACUGCAGUUCUUUCGAUGUUGAGCAGUGAACAUUCCUUCUUAACACUGCUUGUAAGUGAAAGCCUUUCCUUACUUAGGAAUCAGACACCCUGGUGAGCAACAAAACAAGCUUUGUUUGCAAAUUAGAGGUUUUUCUGGUAGAAAUCAUUCUUAAAUGGGUUUAUUUAGAUCCUUUGGAAGGCAGUGCUAGAAAAAAAAAUGUUCUUGAUUCCUCAUACACAAUAAGUGGCCAUUGUUUUUUAUCCUGUGUGUAGUAAAUCAAAAUUAGAUCAUAGAGGACCAAAUCUACUUCCCUCGCUAUAGUAUAUAUCCUAUAGGUUUAGUAAGACAUUGCUAGACUAUAAAUGUUUGAAACUCAACUUGAACAUUUCCUAUAUUAUGUUUAAAAGGCCAGGGCACACCUCUGGUUCUUAUUCUCCUUAAGUCAUCUAAAUGCGUUUGUUUCUCUGCACUGGAUAAGUUACAUUUGGUUUUAAAGGAGUCAGGUACAUGUUCAGAUGUUAUUCUGUAUUUACAAAAAUUGCAUAUAUACAGCCUGGGAACAGAAUACACCUCCAUACUCUGGCUCUUUUCUGGACACCAAAGAUGUAAGUCCAUAAACAUAAGCAGAAGGGACUUGCUAGCAGGCCCCAUUCUAUAUAUUAUAAACAUGUUCACAGCAAAUCCAGUCUUGGGGGUCCAGCCACUCUCACAACAUUGUUAGGUAGGAAGGUGGGGAAGGAAAAUUGGUAGAUAAUGGGAGAAAGGUUUAGUCAAUGUGCAUAAAUGGCAUAAAGUCAUUGGCAUACUUGCAAAAAGGAAGGGGAAGUUUCUCCUCGAAAUCUGGAAUCUAGACCAUUUUUGCAAGACUUAAAAUAAUUGGUCUCCAUGUCAGAAAUGCUCUUUAACCACAUUUUAAGAUAUAGAUCUGAGCCCUUCCUAUUCGGAGAAGCAGCCUGAGAGCCAAGAGCCUGAGAGGGGUUUAUUGAUGGGUUUAGAUCCAAUCAUCAAGCACUGACCAAUUAGCACUGAAAUUAUCCCAGGACACAGAACAAAAAUACUGCACUUACACAGGACACAGCAGCACUUCACAGAUCUAGACAUUAUCUCAGGUCUGGAUUCUAAACCAACAUUAUCAAUGUGGAGGUGCGAAAACUGAGGUUCCAAAAGUAGGAAGUAUCUUACUUCCCAGCCAGUUAUCUGGAAUUGGAGUCUGGGCACUUCAAACACUAGCUGUGCUACACCACAACGUGCAGCCUCCAUUAUUUAGAUGGAAAGCUGACAAUCCACUGCGAAAGCAUAAAUCAGAAGUGAAGACAAAAGAAUGUUUGUGACAUAUUCUCUCACUUAACCUCCUUGGUUUCACCAUUUCAUCUUAGCAUCAUUUUAAAUAAUGUCAUAUCAAUGUAGAAAUAAGAACAAAGCUCUCUAUAAUGAUGAAACCAAAAGGUGCAAUAGCAGGAGAACAGUGAAUGUAAGUUAUUAAAGAAAUGUGCGAGAAGCAUGUGACAGGGAAAAAUAAAUGCUUCUUAUAUUGUUAGACCAUCAAGCCCUCCCUCCCACGUACUUGAUGCAUUUGUUUUGGAAAUUGCUAUUUUAUGCCGAGUGACUGGCACUAUAGACUUCACUUCCUCUCAGCCCCCUCAGAAGAAGCCUUGGCGCUUAGGAAUCAGACUCAUGUCUCUCGCAAACACGCUACCAGACUGACAGAGCCAUGGAGACCUGAAAGAAUGGACUGAGGAUCAUGUAAAUAUCUUCUGCCUUCUUGGUGAACAAGGACGCUCAUCUUUCUUUUGUAGAGGUAAUCGCGUGUGCAUUGUGACUGUAAUUUGUGAAGAAAUGCAAUGAUUUGCUUCGAUAGCUCUCUACGUGUACCUGUUACGUGUGAAUGUGCCUGCCUUGUUGCCUCAUGUGCCAAACACAGUACAGAAUGCGUUGUUUUUAAAUAAACUGGUUUAUUGUGCAUUGGA